CUUCCUUAAACUUUGAUCUACCUUCCAAUAGUAGUAUGAAUCAUCAAAAGAAUAAGGUAUUUCAAAUAUGCUCUUCUGGAAGAAGCCCAUGGUUCCGAGCGGAUGGAUCCAAUACAAAAACUUAUGUCAUUGGUAUUGCCGGUGGUAGUGGAAGUGGAAAGACAAGUGUAGCCGAACGUAUCUUGAAGAAUUUGAAUGUACCUUGGGUGGUUAUUAUCUCUAUGGAUUCUUUCUACAACGUCUUGACUGCAGAACAAAGUGCUUUAGCUCACCAAAAUAAUUUUGAUUUUGAUCAUCCUUCUGCUUUUGACUAUGAUUUAUUAUAUGAAUGUCUCUGCAAAUUGAAAAAUGGUAAAUCAAUCGAACUUCCUAUCUACAACUUCUCAAAACAUGCUCGUGAAGACAAGACAACUUCUAUCUAUGGUGCCAAUGUUAUUAUCUUUGAAGGAAUUUUUGCACUUUAUGAUCAAAAGAUUCGUGACUUGAUGGAUUUAAAAAUCUUUGUUGAUACCGAUGCUGAUAUCCGCUUGGCUAGACGAUUACAACGAGAUAUUGCUGAACGUGGUCGUGAUCUUCAGGGCAUUCUGGACCAAUAUACACGAUUUGUCAAGCCAUCUUAUGAUGAUCAUGUCCAUCCUACUGUGAAAUAUGCAGAUGUGAUCGUUCCUCGUGGUCUGGAAAAUGUAGUAGCUAUCGAUUUGAUUACCAAACAUGUACAACGCCAAUUGAAUGAAAAAGAGCUUCAUUUACGGUGGGACUUGGCCAAUUCUUCCUUUAGUCAUGAAAUACCCGAAGAAGUGACCGUGUUACCUCCUACCAAUCAAAUUAGAGGAAUGCAUACAAUUUUGCGUGACAAGAAUACUCCAAGAGACGAAUUUGUGUUUUAUUCUGAGAGAUUAUCAAAAUUGAUUGUGGAAUGUGGUUUAGGUUUGCUGCCUUCAGAAGAAACGACAGUGACAACUCCUAUAGGUAAACCAUAUCAUGGCCUAGCAUUUACAUCUCAAAUCUGUGGUGUUUCUAUUUUACGUGCUGGUGGUACCAUGGAAGAAGGAUUACGACGUGUGUGCAAUGAUGUGAUCAUUGGGAAAUUGUUGAUUCAAACUGAUCCAAGUACUGGAGAACCUCAGUUACAUUACUGCAAAUUACCACAGGAUGUCAGACAACGUCAUGUUUUACUUAUGGAUGCAACUAUUGGUACUGGUGCAGCAGGUUUGAUGGCCAUUCGAGUUUUAUUAGAUCAUGAAGUGCCGGAACAAAAUAUUAUCUUCUUGAGCUUCUUAUCCGCCCCUAUUGGUUUGAAUGUGAUCAAGAAAGCAUUCCCUAAGGUUAAAAUUGUGACUUCAAUGGUAGAUCCAGUAUUGUCAAAAGAAAAAUUAUGGAUUGAACCUGGUAUUGGCAACUUUGGGGAUCGGUACUUUGGAACUGAAUUAUGAUAGAAUUUCUCUGGAUGACUUUUUUGUUGUUGUUGUUUCUUUUAUGGUGAUUACAUUUUAGACAUGUGGAUGGUCUUGAAUUACAUAUAUGGAUGUAGAAAUCUUUUAUUAUCUUAGCCUGUGUUAGUUUUGGUUUUUAUCGGAAGCAUGAAUAAAAAUCAUUUUUUUAUA